AUGGCGUACAGUAUCAGUUUCAGCAUCGUCGAUAGCACCGGUGACGAAUUCAACGUUGUCAAGGAAUCAGGCUGGCAUUAUGAGGGAACGGCGCACAAUGGAAGAAAUCUAGAGCCGGCUAUAUCCUAUAUAUGGGAGGUAGGGGUACUUCUGGAAUGCUACGAUUCGAGUCGUCGACUGAAGAGACAUGAUGCGACCGCCAAAGAUUUUCAUCCAAGAUACUAUACUGGGGGCGGAGCGCAACAGCUUAGGGAUCAAUCCCCUAAUUGCAAGGCGACCAUCAGUGAUGGCACUGUUAUUAAACUCAAUUUCUCUGUGACUGAAGGUAACCGGCUGCGCGCCGACCUCAAAAUUGGUGAAGGCCCAAUCCUCUUCUCCGGGCAAAACCAUGUCAAAAACGACCUCGGCCCUGAUGUGAAAAGUAUCACAGUUUAUUUCAUCGAGAGAACUCCGGUGGAAAUACCUACAGGUGCAGUUAAGAUCUUGAAAGGCAGAUCUAAUCAGUGCAUUGUCAAGUAUAACAACGGAACAAGAAGGCGGUGUGACAUAAGCAUUGGCUAUCAGUUCAAGGAGUUUGUUGAUGUCAAUAUUACUCCGUAUGGUAAUGAUAUCCGAGCGAAAUCCCCUGCAGGAAUUGGUGGUGAAUGGAAACUUGUGGUGUAA